GAUACUUCAGAACUUGUCUUCCUCUGAAAGUCUUGGGCUGAAGAUCGCUUCCCGUUCCAGCUGAACCUUCACGAGAACCUCUUUAUUUUGUAGACAUUCUGGAAUGGCCUCAGUCAGAACGUUCUCAGAGCGGCAUCCAGCAGAAAAUAUGCCUCCGAAGCAAUUAAGGGUGCCGUUAUUGGAAUCGAUCUGGGCACAACAAAUUCCUGCGUGGCAGUUAUGGAAGGAAAACAAGCCAAAGUGCUGGAGAACUCGGAAGGUGCCAGGACGACGCCGUCGGUCGUUGCCUUUACAGCAGAUGGUGAGCGCUUGGUGGGAAUGCCAGCGAAGCGGCAGGCGGUAACUAAUCCGCACAACACCUUCUACGCUACCAAGCGUCUCAUCGGGCGGCGCUUCGACGACUCUGAAGUGAAGAAGGACAUUAAGAACGUCCCAUUUAAAAUUGUCCGUGCCUCCAAUGGUGACGCCUGGGUGGAGGCCCACGGGAAACUGUAUUCUCCCAGCCAGAUUGGUGCCUUUGUGCUAAUGAAGAUGAAGGAAACUGCAGAAAAUUACCUGGGACAUUCAGCAAAGAAUGCUGUGAUCACAGUUCCUGCUUAUUUCAAUGAUUCUCAGAGACAGGCUACAAAAGAUGCUGGGCAGAUCUCUGGCUUAAAUGUUUUGAGGGUGAUUAAUGAACCAACAGCAGCUGCACUUGCGUAUGGUCUGGACAAGUCUGAAGACAAAAUCAUUGCAGUUUAUGACUUGGGUGGAGGCACUUUCGAUAUCUCCAUUUUGGAAAUCCAGAAGGGAGUCUUUGAGGUGAAGUCAACCAAUGGCGACACGUUCUUGGGUGGAGAAGAUUUUGACCAGGCUUUGCUGCAGUAUAUUGUUAAAGAGUUCAAGAGAGAGACGGGUGUUGACCUGACUAAAGACAACAUGGCCCUUCAAAGGGUGAGAGAAGCAUCAGAGAAAGCGAAGUGUGAGCUUUCUUCAUCUGUGCAGACUGAUAUUAACUUGCCAUACCUUACUAUGGAUGCCUCUGGACCAAAGCACCUGAACAUGAAGCUGAGCCGCUCGCAGUUUGAGGGCAUUGUGGCUGAUCUGAUCAGAAGGACGGUAGCGCCGUGCCAGAAAGCCAUGCAGGAUGCCGAAGUCAGCAAGAGUGACAUUGGUGAAGUCAUCCUCGUCGGUGGCAUGACCAGAAUGCCGAAGGUGCAGCAGACUGUGCAGGAAUUGUUUGGCCGCGCUCCGAGCAAAGCAGUUAAUCCCGAUGAAGCCGUGGCGAUCGGCGCGGCUAUUCAAGGCGGCGUGUUAGCUGGUGACGUUACCGACGUGCUGCUGCUGGAUGUGACUCCCCUCUCCUUGGGCAUCGAGACCCUGGGAGGAGUCUUCACCAAGCUCAUCAACAGGAAUACCACCAUACCAACCAAGAAGAGCCAGGUGUUUUCUACUGCUGCAGAUGGGCAGACUCAAGUGGAGAUUAAAGUAUGCCAGGGGGAGAGGGAGAUGGCGAGUGACAACAAACUUCUUGGCCAGUUCACACUGGUUGGGAUUCCUCCGGCGCCACGUGGGGUGCCCCAGAUCGAGGUCACUUUUGACAUUGAUGCCAACGGUAUCGUUCAUGUGUCAGCCAAGGACAAAGGCACCGGGCGUGAACAGCAAAUUGUUAUCCAGUCUUCUGGUGGCCUUAGCAAAGACGAAAUUGAGAACAUGGUGAAGAAUGCAGAGAAAUACGCAGAGGAAGACAGGCGGAGAAAGGAACGCGUGGAAGCUGUCAACAUGGCCGAGGGCAUCAUCCACGACACGGAGUCUAAGAUGGAGGAGUUCAAGGAUCAGCUGCCAGCAGAUGAGUGCAACAAAUUGAAGGAAGAAAUUGCUAAAAUGAGGGAACUUCUGGCUCGUAAAGACACCGAAACGGGAGAAAACAUCAGGCAGGCAGCAACCAGCCUGCAGCAGGCUUCCCUGAAGCUCUUUGAAAUGGCAUACAAGAAGAUGGCCUCGGAACGAGAGGGUUCUGGAAGUCCAGGAGAUCAGAAGGAAGAGAAGCAAUAGGAAGUCUCGGCCUCGCCUUGACUAGCGUACAAAGAGGAGGUGGAUGUUCUUGAUGCUUGGGAGAGAAGGCACCUUCCUGAGCAGAAGUGGGCAGAAUUCAGACUUACUGUGUUUUUGCAGUAUUCUAUAUAUAAAAUUCUUUAAUGUAUAAACUUAGUGAUGUGUCUGCUAGGUAAAUUGUCACAUGAUGAAAGUUAAUUCAUGCAAGACAAAGUUCUAAGUGUUUGGCCCUGCGGUAUUCAACUGAGGCACCCGAGGACUUGCUGAUCAUUUGUUUCUGAUACUCGACACAAUGGUGUACUAAAUCUGGUAGCGGAGUUUGGAAACCAUGUUAGUAAAUCAAAGGUGGAGAUGGAGGUUCUGGUGGAAGCAGGCAGAGAGAAACACCUGUCUGGAUCCUCCUCGUGCACUUGUGAACAGGUCCUGAGGCCUGUGAACAGCAAGGGUAAGGCUGGUUACGUUGCUAGAGAACAUGCAGAUCUGCAGCUAGUACCCUUGUUCUGCAGGAGGUGGGUUCUUCAAAUUUAGCUGCAACAUUUCUUACAAAAGAGGCUACACGGAAGCUGCAUACUUUACUUGUCUGAGCCUUCUGCUCCAUCCUGUGUCUGUUCUCUGCUUAUGGCAAAACAAUUUCCUGGAAAAUAAAACUGUUAUUGGAUCCGUUCUGGAUUUUUUUAAAUAAAAGCAGAAAAGUGUCCAACCUGGAA